AUGGCUUCUCCUUUUCACUUGCCAGUUACUGCCGCUCAGGUUGGAACGUACUUUGUGGGGCAGUACUAUCAGGUAUUGCAGCAGCAGCCGGAAUUUGUUCACCAAUUUUACAGUAUGUCCAGUACUAUGCUUAGGAUUGAUGGGAACACUAGGGAGACCGCCACUGGCAUGGGGCAAAUCCAUGCGCUUAUUUCGUCAUUAAGUUACACAGCCAUAGAAAUUAAGACGGCUCAUUCAUUGGAAUCAUGGAAUGGAGGAGUUAUGGUCAUGGUUUCAGGUUCUGUACUUGCAAAAGAUUUCAGUGACAGGAGGAAAUUUGUGCAGACCUUUUUCCUUGCCCCGCAGGACAAGGGUUAUUUCGUUCUCAAUGAUAUUUUUCAUUUUGUCGAUGAAGAAAACAUCAUCCAGCAUCCAGCAGCCUAUUUAACGCACGGCCUGCUUGAAUCAAAGAUAAAUGCUUCAAAUGCACUUCAAGAACAAGUACCAAACUAUGUUUUGGAUGGAGAUAUUCAAGGUAGGGAAUAUGCAGCUACUUCAACUGUUGGCGAAAAUGGUCCUGUCGAUAACUAUAGUUAUGCAGAGGAAAGGCUACAGACUGUCCCCGAAGCUGACAAAAUCCUUGAAGAUAAUUAUGCUGUACAAUCAAAUGGUUCACAUCAACAUGCAGUAAAUCCUGUGCAAGACCAUUUGUCAUUACCUGUUGAGGAACCUGUUGGCGAGCCCCAGAAGCUCACUUAUGCUUCCAUUCUUGCAAAAGGGCAAAUAAACCAAACGGUUGCUCCUGUUCCCGUUAACAAAGCUUCAUCCCCAUCCUCAGAGUGGCAACAAGUACCAGAGGCUCCUAGUCAGCCAUCCAUUCCAUCAUCAAACAAUUUUGAGAGAGUGGAGCAGUUUGAAGAAACUUCUGCUUUUGAAGAUGAAGUUGAAGUGAAGUCGGUGUAUGUUAGAAACGUGCCAACUACUAUGGCUCCAUCUGAAAUUGAAGAGGAGUUUAAGAAAUUCGGAAAACUAAAGCGUGAUGGUGUGGCUAUCAGAACGAGGAAGGAUAUUGAUAUUUGCUAUGCGUUUGUCGAAUAUGAAGAUAUCACUGGUGUCCGGAACGCGAUUGAGGUCGAAGACCGAACCGAGGCAUCCCUAUCCGAGGAAGAGGAAGAGGUAGAGGCAGAAGUAGCUAUCAGAUGGAUGGAGGAAGGGGUCGCUUUGGUGGUCGUGGUUUUGGCAGAUCAAACGGUCAAGACGGCAGUGAACGAGAGUACAAUCGACCAAGGGCAAAUGGCUUCUACAGACAAGGAUCUCGACAAGAGAGAGUAA